AGGAUGCUGAUUACACCGCCCGAGUGCUUGACAACCUCCGGAGCGUUGCUUUAGUUUUCCCGAACAGCGAGUUCUGGGGUUUUUCUUUUUUGGUGAUGGUGGUGCUGUUGGGGUUUUGUUUAUUUUUGUCUUGAAGAAAGUGAAGGUGGUGAAAUAUCCAUACUAAAUUCUAUCGAAAUGGCUACAGAAAUCGACUUUCUGAGAGAUCAAAAUCACCGACUAAAUGAAGUUCUUAGACGAUAUCAAAUGGAAAAUUUUUCCAAAUGUUCAUCGGUGCAGAAAGCUGUCUUGAAAGGAAAUGGGGAUGACACGUUAGAAAACACAAUAGUUGAUCAAAGCUUUUUAGCUCCUCUUAUUAUUGAGUAUGAUAAGCAUCUGGAAGAGCUACACGGGCAGCUGAAAUAUUAUCAGAAACAUAUGGGUGAGAUGAAACUACAACUUGAAAAUGUCAUCAAGGAAAACGAAAGGUUGCACAGCGAAUUAAAAGAUGCUGUUGAAAAGCAGUUGGAGACCCUUCCCUUUGGCAUAGAUACGGGAAAUGAUAUGUAUACAGAUGAUGAAACAGUCAAGAAUUUAAGAGAACAAUUACAACUAGCCAAUCAAGAAAAAACUCAGGCUAUGGAACUCUGGCAGACUGUUUCUCGGGAGCUGGACAGACUUCAGACACUUUACCAGGAACAUAUGACUGAGGCCCAGAUUCAUGUAGUUGAAAGUCAAAAACAAAAGGAUCAAUUGACCAAUUUUCAACAGUUGACCAAGCAGCUUCAUGUAACUAAUGAGAACAUAGAAAUGACUAACCAACACUUUCUGAAAGCAGUAACUGAACAAAAUGUGGAAAUCGAGCGACUCCGAAAACAACUGAGGCAAGGCAAGUUAGAUCUGACAGUUGCAGUAGCCAAAGUGGAAGAGUUAACUAUCUUGACGGAAGAUCUUCAAGGACAAAUCCAAAAGAAGGAGGAAGAUAUGUUGUCUGCUCAAGGAAGAGAGGAAGCAUCAGAUAGGCGUUUACAGCAGUUACAAUCUAGUAUAAAACAAUUAAAGAAACAAGACUCUGUGUAACAAUCCAAGAAGCCACCCAGUUAAGAACACAAAAAGCACAUUUGGAAAACCAGACCAGAGAAUUACAAGCAAAGUGCAAUGAAUUAGAAAAUGAAAAAUAUGAAGCUAUUGUAAGAGCCAGAAAUAGCAUGCAGCUCUUAGA